AGCAAAAUUCUGUCAAAAACAAGAAGAAAACAGAAGCUGUACUUCAAAUACGCCGGCGCCCUUCGAGCAGAGUAUCCUCUAAUUGCGGCCAGACCCCAAAUAUCCCGGAGAAUGAUGAGCGGCAAGUCGGGCGGAGGCGCCAGUGCGGUGGUGGUGCUCAACUGCAGGACAUGUACGCGUGCCUGCAAGCAGCACAAGCCGCUGCAGGAGGAGAUCGAGCUGGGCGCGGAGGGCAGCACCACUCUGGCCCGAAUGCUUAUGUACUGCUCCGGCCUGUCCUUCGAGCCGCAGGACGGCGCCGCAAUGCCCCAGCACAUCUGCCUCAACUGCCUGCAGCUGCUGGAGCAGGCUUUCAACUUUAAGCGCAUGGUGAUUGACUCCGACGAGCUGCUGCGCAUCGGUCUGGACGAGGCCCAUGGAACCAGCCAUCACCAGGCACAGCAGCAGCAGCGUCAUCAACAGCGACCUCAGCAGCAGCGGUGUGGCGAUCCCAACGAGGAGUACGUGAUGAUUGAGAUGCUCAACGAGGAGCAGGAGCCAGGCACUGUCUCGGAGCAAGAUGGUGAAACAGAACAGGAGCAUGGACACGGGAAGCUGGAAAUGGUGGAGAUCGCCAGCGGCGUCGCGGAAGAGUUCGUCAUCGAGGAAGUGGCCGAGCAGGAUGAGGAGGAGGUGCUCCCGGAUGACGAGGAGGGGCAGCAGCACACACUAGAGGGUAGCGCUGAUGAGGAGCACAUCACCAUGGAGGGUGUCCAUGAGUUCCAGCCCGCCGAAGUGGAAUAUGUGACGAUUAAGAACGAAUACGAAGCAUUGGUUGCCGAGGAGGACGAGAUCGAAGUCAUGGACGAAUCGGGCGCCCAUGGCGAGAUCAUCGAAGGACAGAUGAUUGUGAUACCCGCCGAGGGGGCCAUAGACGAGGUCAUUGGCGAGGAGACCCUCGAAAUGGACGAGGAGGAGCACGAGGAGCAUUUGCUGGCCGAAACGGACGAUGUCUGCACCGAGGAGGACUUCCUGGAGGAGUCAUUGGACUCUACGCAGAUAACCACGGGAGAGGUCAUGCCGUUCAUAUGCCACAUUUGCCAAAAGCCGUUUCGCCAGCAGUGCCGCCUCAACCAGCACAUGCGCUCCCAUGUGGUCGAGAAGCACUUCGAGUGCGAGGAGUGCGGUAAGCGGCUGAAGCACCUGCGCAACUACAAGGAGCACAUGCUGACCCAUACCAACGUCAAGCCGCACCAGUGCAACAUCUGUGCGCGCUUCUACCGCACAACGUCGAGUCUGGCGGCGCACAAGCGGACCCAUGCCGAGGAGAAGCGCUACAGCUGCGACCAAUGCGGGCGGGGCUAUGCGGCCCUGGAUCACCUGCGCCGCCACAAGCUGACGCACACGGGCGAGCGCCCAUUUGCCUGUGAUCUGUGCGACAAGGCCUACUACGAUUCCUCCUCGCUGCGCCAACACAAAAUAAGCCACACCGGCGAAAAGGCCUUCACCUGCGAGAUCUGCGGCGUUGGCCUCUCGCAGAAGUCCGGCUACAAGAAGCACAUGCUGGUGCACUCCGGCGAAAAGCCGCACAAAUGCCCCAUCUGCGGCCGGGCCUUCACCUUUACCAGCAACCUCAAUGCCCAUGUGCGCCUGCACUCGGGCGAAAAGCCCUUCAAGUGUGACAUCUGCACAAAGGCCUUUCCAACCAAGAAGCGUCUCAACAGCCAUUUGAGAGUCCACAACAAGGAGACGCCCGUGACCGCGAUCACGCCGCUGGCCAUUGAUAAUCGCAGAAAAGCAGCAGCGGCAUCCAGCGGCGUCAGUGGCCGUGCAGGAGUAGCCACUCUUCAUUUGCCCGAUGUACCUGAAGUACCGAUUUCCACCUCCAAAGUUGUUGUGGUGCUCUGAGGGGCUAUUAUGCUUAUGGGGCUGAGGAUGCUGUUCUAGAAGUCUAAGACUAGCCUUAGGACAUUAUGAUAAUAAUUGCACGUACAUUAUAUAUAUAAAUAUAUUGUUUAUAUAUUUUAUACAGAGCGCGCUUGAGAAUCAAAUAAUUAAUAUGACACUGUACUAUGUACAAGUACUGUUUUA